GUCUGCUUUGCGUUGUCAGCUGAUCUGCUAAAAGAAAUGGCUCAAUCUCGCAGCCGCAGUCGUACGCCUCCGCACAGCUACCGGAGGCGCAACAGCGCUGAUUGUCAUCAACGACGUCGGAGCAGCCGGAAGCAUGGCAGAAGUUCGGCUCGGCGACACUAUCGAAGUAUCAGCAGCCCGAGAAGUAUCGGCUCCACGUCCGGUUGUUCGUCGUGUCCUUCGACACCGAAACCUUUUGGUCGUCCGGUAGAUCCACCGGCGAACAAGUGUCUGGGGGUGUUUGGUUUGAGUUCCUACACCAAGGAAUCGCACCUGAUGGACGUUUUCGCGAAGUACGGCAUAAUCGAGAAGGCGGUAAUUGUGUACGAUGCCAAGACGAAGAUAUCCCGCGGAUUUGGGUUCGUGUACUAUCAGGAGCUGAAGGCGGCAUCGGCGGCCAAGGUUGAAUGUAACGGAAUGGUGCUGCAUGAGAGAACCAUCCGAGUUGAUUACUCGGUCACGGAGAGGCCCCACACGCCUACGCCCGGGGUGUAUUUGGGAGAUAGAGAUACUGGGAAAAGACGGUGCAGAAGUUCCUACAGCUAUCGAGGACGGAGUUAUGAUAAUGAAUACCAUCAUCGGCGCUCCAGACGCAGCUGCUCUCGUUCGCCUCGACGUCAUCGUAGAUCCGGACACCGUCAUCAACAUCGGCGUUACAGCUCACGUGAUCGGUCAUCGUCGUACUCAUCCCUUGAUUCAAGACGCUCCUAUCGAUGAUUUUUCCCAGCCGGUACCGAUGUAAGUUACCUUUUAUGAAGAUUUUAUGAAGAUCCUAGAAAGGCAGAAAGCUACUGUACAGUCAAGAAUAUUAAUGAAAAAAUGAAUAUCAAUUGGUUAUUACUUGCCACCCACAAGGGAAGAUUUGACUACAUUCCAGCGAUGCGAAGGUAAAGUUUAAAUCGUUUAAUUAUUAUUCUUUCAUUGCAGGAAAUUUCUCGGCCCACAUUCCUUGAUGACUGGUAACUAUUGAGCUGAUACUUAAUAUAUAGAUUUUAACUUUGUUCCUUAUUUGAACGAGAGUUUUUAGUU